AUGGAUCAAAAUGACAAGGAAAUUGAUGAGGAAUAGUUUAAAAAGGAAUUCGAAGAGAGGGUCGAUAAACGUAAGUAAUGGCUUUUGGAGGAGUUGAAGAGUUGUGGAAAGUUUUUAGAUGUAAGUGCAAAGAAAUUAGAUGAUCUAGAUGCUUUGACUAUAGCACUCUAUCUUCAUGAAUGUCAAACAGAAUUAGCAGUCUUUCACAUUGGAGCCAAUUCAAUAACUGACAGAGGAUUUAUUGACAUGUUGACAGGUUUGCAAUGGCAUGACAAAUUAAAGGAAAUCUACAUUGGGAAUAAUGAAAUAACCGAAAUUGGCAUAUAAGGAUUGAUUGAGAUUUCAAGUUGCUUCAAAUAAUUGAAAAUCUUGAGUAUGAGUUCCUGUUCUAUUGAUGAUGCCACCUUCAUAUAACUGUGUUAUGCCUUGCCAGAAUUAAAGAAUCUAUAGUAAUUGCAAUUGCCUGCAAAUAAUAUAUCAGAUUAUGGUAAUGAGAUGACUAUUUUAAUAGGAUUGGUGUGCUUCUCCACAUUGUUGGCAACAAAUAGUCUACCAAAUCUUACGGUUGUUCAUUUUGGAAACAAUCCAUUGACUUCGAAGUCUCUGGUUCCAUUCUUUUAGGCAUUGAAGAAAAACAAGACAAUUAAAAUUCUCUAUCUAAAUGACAUCGGAAUGGAAUUGGCUAGCAUCAAAUAAUUGGCAGUUUGUCUGAAGAAAAACAAAACACUCGAAGAUUUAAAUUUGGGGAACACAGGAUUCUCAGAUAGUGCUGCAUCAGUGUUAUGGCCUAGUCUGAAAUACUUGAAGAAAUUGCAAUUGUGGAAUAAUCAUUUAACAGACAAGGCCAUUGAUGAAUUCAUAAAUGUACUUGAGAGGGAGGACAUCGGAUUAACCUAUGUUGGGUUGUAGGACAAUGAAAUUGAAGAAUUAGAUUUGGUUGAGGAUUUGAAUGCCUUACUCAAGUAGAAUGAACUCAUUGACAAGUUGACAGAACAAAUAGAACAUAAGGAAGAGAUGGAAGAACCGGAUGAAGACAAGCAAGUUAAGUAGAUGAUUGAACUUGCUAAAUUAGAAGAAAUUGAAGAGAAAUUGGGGGAGUUAGAAAAGUUGAAUGAGCCUUCAGAAGAGCAAUAGGAUGUGGUUAAUGAAUUACAGGGGAAAUUGAAAACGUAGAAGUGGGCUGGAGAGAUUGAAGAUCCUGAAGAUAAAACAUUGAAACACUCGGUAAUGGAAUGA